AUGAGCGGAGGAGUUGAUGAUUGGGAUAAAAAGGUUGUUAUUCGUAAACGCGGGGAACAGAUCAAAGUCACCAAAGGUACCUCGGCUAUUAAUGCAGCGCGUAGAGCAGGUGCUGUUGUGGAGACAGAAAGAAAAACUACCGGUGGCACAAACAAAGGACACGUAGUUGCCGACCAUCAACGUAUAGCAAAAAUUGAUCGGGAGAAUGAAGUUGCACCCCCUCCGAAGAUUAGUCUCUCGGUAGGAAAAGCAAUCCAGCAAGCGAGACAAGCUAAAGGUCUCAAUCAAAAGGAUCUUGGUCAAAAAAUUAACGAGAAAGCUAAUAUUAUUAACGAUUAUGAGAUGGGUCGUACUAUUCCAAAUCAACAGGUUUUAUCGAAGCUUGAGCGUGUGCUUGGUAUUAAAUUACGAGGAAAGAACAGUACGUGA